CAAAUUUUCACGAGAGAGAGCAGAUCUAGCCGCGCUUUUGAUUUCGUUUCAUCGUCUCUCUCGUCUUUCAUCUGCAAUGUCGUCUACGAGAAAGAGCACCAAGAGAACACGGCCAGAGCCUCAAUCGCUCAAGAAGCAAACACCGAACGCAAAACUCCAGGACGAUUUGGAUCUCGAUGUUUCUAGCGAUCUCAAAGGCAUCAUGUCGGCGUUGAAGCAAAUCAGAGAGAAAGCGGACGAGGAUGGCCGGAAAAAGAAGGAAGAAAGCAUCUCCAGUGUGUCCACUGAGGUAAAGUCAAAGAUCGACGAGUUGAAGUCAAAACUUGAGAAAGAAAGACAAAACUUUAGCAAAGCACUUUCAAAGAGUUCAAAGGAGUGUGAGAAUAUUUUGAAGGACGAAUCUGCCAAGUUUGAGGAACUUCACCACAAAUUCAUGAAAGAGAAAGCUGAUUAUCUACAGAGUUUGAAAGACACUAUUUCCAAGUUUGAGGAGGACAAGGAAAGGCUCUAUAUGCGAUAUGAACAACUAAGGAAGAAGGAGAAGACAAUGAUAUCGGAACAGGAGAGGUUCUGCACAGAAAAGCUUGCUCAAUUGGAAGAGUCGCUGAAGAAAAAGAAAAGGGAUGACAAAACUUUCAGCAUACUGAGGAAAACUCUCGGCUCUUUUCUGGAGAACGAAGCAUCUGAUGAGGACUUCCCACCUGAUGAGUGAAAGUUUAACGGCUUUCUCACUUGGCGCUUACAGAAACCCUUUUUUACUUUGAUCAGCCGGAUUUAUUUUCCCAAAAAUAGCAGAAAAAACUCUUUUCUGAAGUAGUAUUUCAAGACUUUGAAUAUUGUGGACAUGACCCGUAUU